AUGGAGGACAUCAUGGCAUUUAACAAGCUAUUGGACAAACCGACUCCUCCACAGGCCAAUACGCUAGAGAUCGAUAUCUCCACCCUUUCAACCGCGAAUGCAAGCAUCAACCCACUUCGCUGGAUGCUUGAUUCGGGCGCUUCAUACCAUAUGAUGCCCAAUUAUCACGCUUUUGUCGAGUAUUCACCUUGCAGAGUCCCUGUGAAGGCUGCCAACGGCAAGCGCUUCUACACAUAA